UUCACGCAUCUAUCCAGUAGAUAACACGCAACGUCACCGACCCGAGCCACGAUGGCGGCGAAUAGGCGGGAAAGUGCGUGCGAAACCCACAACCGCUCAGACCGCUUGGGAAGAUGAACGCUUUCUUGAAGACUGGGAAAUUGGGCGCGCCGGCGGAUGUAAAGAAACCGUCAACCUCUCGCGCCAAGGACGAGAAAAAGGAUCUGACACCAUGGGUGGAGAAAUACCGGCCGAGGACCGUCGACGACAUUGUGGAGCAAACUGAUGUGGUAAAUGUGAUAAGGCAAGCUAUGGAGCACACAGACUUCCCCAACAUGCUGUUCUACGGACCACCAGGUACUGGCAAGACCAGCAUAAUCCACGCAGCUGCGAGGCAGAUGUUCGGCAACAUGUACAGAGACAGGAUUUUGGAGUUAAAUGCCUCUGAUGACAGAGGCAUCCAGGUUGUGAGGGACAAGAUCAAAUCCUUCGCGUUGCGCAAAGCUAAUCCUACCAGGCCAGACGGCAAGAAAUGCCCGCCAUUCAAGAUCAUCAUACUGGACGAGGCGGACAGCAUGACUGGCGCCGCGCAAACCGCGCUCCGUCGCAUCAUGGAGAAAGAAGCGCAAAGCACACGUUUCUGCCUGGUGUGCAACUACCUGUCACGUAUCAUCAAGCCAAUAGCGUCUCGUUGCACCAAGUUUCGCUUCAAGCCGCUGAGCGACGUGAAGAGCAUCGACCGGUUGGAAUACAUCUGCAAUGAGGAGAACCUGAAGGUCGACAAAAGUGUUCUCGAGAAGAUCGUCGAGACGUCCAAAGGCGAUCUGAGGCAAGCCGUCAUGUGCCUGCAAUCGAUCACGCGACUGAAGGGCAAGGACUACGACAUCACCGUGAGAGAUGCUCUCGAUCUGAUGUGGGUGAUACCAGAUGACAAAAUUGACACACUGUGGGAGACUUGUAAACAAGGAACUUACAAUGAUAUCGAGAAGUUGGUGAAAGACUUGCUACUGGAAGGAUACCCCGGAGGGCAGGUCUUGGAUCAGCUGAAUGGCAAGAUGUUUCUCUGCGAUGAUCUGAGUGAUAAACAGAGAGCUAUGAUCGGUCACGUGCUCGGGGAGUGUGAUUAUAGACUGACGGAAGGGUGUGACGAGUACCUUCAACUUUUGAAUAUUUUCUCCACAAUCUCGGCAGUGUACAAAUGCACGGAAUUCAAACCUUGGUCCUUAUGUUAACGCAUUGUGUAUUUGAGAAUAUAUAUAUAUUAUAUACUAGAUAUA